CCACGGCUCCCCCCUCUGUCUCUCUCCCACUUUUGCGAAACUCCCCCCUUUACCCUUCCUAUCGAAAGCAGGGCCGAAAUCAUGUUAUCUGAGCACGCCUAUCAUCAUAUUUCGUCCUUAUGACCCCGAUCUGCUCCCCCUCCGUCAAUUAUUGUUCUUCCUUCCCUGGCAGUCAGGCCCUCGUCCGCUGCCUCUGACAACCCCCCCCCCUCUCUCUCUCACUCUGCCUCUCUCCCUUCAGCGUAAUGCUCAAUACCUGAUUACCACCCAUCUUGCCCCCUCCCCACUGGACGGGUAAAUGGGGUAAUUUUUCAUGAGGCUAGCAAGCCAUGGAGGAUCCCCAACUAAACUAACCAGCAUCUUUCGGGGUUUUUUGAUUUUGAUUCUGGAUUCGGAUUUCAAUUUUCCUUUCCAAAAUCAUCAGUCCUGCUCACAGACCAUUCCCUUCUCUUUUUCCCCUUCCAGCCCUUUCUCCCCUUUUCCCAUUAACCUGCCGGAACAACCCUUCACGGUGGACGAUACCUCAUAAAUCUCUGGGGGACCCCGGUGACUCUGUCACAUAACUCUCUCUCAUUGCUCUCUUCUCACCUUUCUCUCUCCCAGCCCACCAGAUCCUCCGGGUACGAUAUCCUCGGAUAUUGCAUCCACCGGGGCCUCGUGACGGUGACUUGGGCUUGCUUUCGUUUCACUAUAUGACUGACAACUUUUCCAUUCUCCUGGGACUACAGCGCCUUCGACGGACACUUUAAUUCGGUGUGGCUUCACUGUGAAGCAUGCAGCCGCUCGUCGGUGUUGCCGCCUGGAGCCAGGUACAAUAAGCGACCAAAGAUAACCAGUUGAUUUUGCUCAUCACUUGACAUUGCUCUGAUGCUAACUAGUUUUCUCGUGACUAACAUUAUCCUUUUGCUUUGCUUUGCUUUGCUUUGCUUUUCUACUUUCUUUCUUUCUUUCUUUCUUUCUUUUCUAU